AUUCCCCUCCCCUCCCCUCUCCUCCGGGAGCCCUGCUCUUCGUUUUGCCGCCCAUGUAUGAGCAGUCGACUUAUAACCUCCGCCUCUCGUCACCAUUAUGGAUUACGGACUUCACGACCAGCAUGCCUCUUAUAUUCUCAGUCAAAGUAACCGCGGCGAGGAGGAUACUGACCUGGAAGCUAGUUGGGUGAUGCUGUCCCGGGCAGGGGAGAUAGAGCCUUUGCCACAUGAGACUAUUCUACACAGAACGAGGGGCCGUAUAGCUCUUAACAUAACCGCUCUCAAUCAGCCUCCGCCGGACACCCCUCCUCUUAACAUCAAGAGCGAGAGCGGAACGGCGUACAUUACGAAUCAACGACUUAUAUAUCUUCCCUCCAAGCCCACCGACCAAUUCAAGUCGUUCUCUUCCAAGAUCUUGGGCUGCCAGGAUAGCCGCAUGUGCUCAUCGUGGAUCGGCCCGUGGUAUUGGGAGGCUAGUGUGCGGCCGGUGCCUGACGGCAACAUUCCACCGGAGUUUCCCAGGGUGAAUCUACGGUUGACCUUUAAAGAUGGAGGUUCCAGUGAAUUCGAGUCGAAAUUUGUGGAACUUAAGGCGCGACUUCACCACGCGGCGCAGAUUGCGGAGGAGUCAGGGCAGAGCAACUGGGCCCAAACCGUGCACGACGAGCAACUUCCUGAAUAUAGUGGCCCUCAAGGUAGCAACAAUCCUAACCAGGCCAGCGACGUAGCUCAACGAGCGGACGAAGCUGCCCGGCAGCGGCAGGCUCAGCAGUCAACUCCGGACGAACCCCCGCCAAACUACGACGAGGCACAAGCCCAAGCGGUUAGCAUGCGCUUCGACGAGCGUAUGCGCGAAGAAGCAGAAAGGCAGUGAGAGCAACUCCCGGCGGAACGGUCACUACGGGGCGGCGACGAGAGUAAGGGGGACUCGGCUCUCUAGAGUCCCCGAAUUACGAU